AUGCUGGGCGAACUGAAUUCUCAAAAGCGGAGUCACUUUCAGCUGAGCAAAUCCAAGGCUGCAGAGGCGAUGGACAGACUGAAAACCAGUCGCAAAGCCGCGAGGGAGAAAAAUGUCAAGAGGAGGAGAGGAACCCAUGGAGAGCAAAGGGUUGAAAUCCACAAACUCCGCCAAGGCGAGAACCUCAUUCUGGGCUUCAGCAUCGGAGGUGGCAUCGACCAGGACCCUGCUCAGAAUCCCUUCUCAGAGGACAAGACUGACAAGGGCAUUUACGUCACUCGAGUGACAGAAGGCGGACCUGCAGAAAUGGCUGGGCUUCAGGUUGGAGACAAAAUCAUGCAGGUUAACGGAUGGGAUAUGACCAUGGUGACUCACGACCAAGCCCGCAAGAGGCUGACGAAGCGGAAUGAGGAGGUGGUCCGGCUCCUGGUGACAAGACACUCUCUGCAGAAGGCUGUGCAGCAGUCAAUGAUGUCCCAGCCGUGCCACUGAGUUGGGGCCAAUGAUGGUCUUCAGAACAGGGUGGAGAGAUGUUGAACGUGGACCGCAGAUCUAUCCUCUGGCGAUCUGAUGCAGAGAAGCUUUCAGCAAAGGACACCCCCACCCCACCACACCUAUGCAAAGAUGGCUCUGUCCCCACCGAAUUCAUGGAGGGCACCUCUAGGUGCAGUUUGAUGCCCAUCCGGAUCAAAGACCUUGGGCAUCAAACUGCAACUAGGGGAUACAGAAACGUAUGGGUAAGAGCCAGCUUCUGAUCCACUGUGACCACCUUUUGCCUAAGAGCUUGUGGAGAGAGACCGGGCUCAGCUUUUGUCCCAGAGAUGCUCCGGUGGAUUCAGUUCUUAAAUUCCUUUUUCAUAAGAAAGCCACAUCGAGUUUGCUAAAAAAGAUGGCCCCGUAAUUAACUGUUUCAGUCUUGUUACCCAGACCAAAGUUUUUAUUGCUGGUAUCUGGAACCCUGCACCAGGCUGUGUUCAGAGGUACCCAACCGUUGCCUUUCUGAGGGUUCCACAGAGGAAGACCAAGAAGCCAUGACCGAUGGGCAUUUGAAAUUGGCUCCCUUCUCCAGCAGCGUAUAGCAAGCGAAGGUGAAUGUAGCUUUGGUGGCCUUAAGUCUUCAUUUGCCUGGGACUCUGCUCAGCCAGAAUUCCUGUUAACCAUAAUCUGUCUGGAGGGAGAGAGGCCGAUGUUAGGGACUUCUAUUACACCAAUAAGCGGUCUUAGACGUUCUCGAGUCACGUUCUGCCUGACGGCCACGGUUUUUGACUCUUGAGUUUGUGUCCUGACUUUCCAAAGUUAGCUUCUAAUCACGACUUUUGUGCCAAUUUCUCCAAAUUCUUCCUGAAGAUCUUUUAUACGUCUUGUAAAUAAUACCCCCCUCCCAACCUUUGUAUCACUAACUUAUUUCAGUAUAUUACUGCUCUUUUACUUGUGCACUGAUUUGGCUUCAGUGCCCUUAAAUCUCAGCCUGUCGUGAUGAAAGAAGGUUGCAUUCAAACAGUUCUACCCGUUUCUCAUGACUGUGGCUUGUCCUUCUGUCGCAGAAAUUGCUGUGGGACAGUAUCUUUUGACAAGAUUGAAACUUCCAAAGCCUUGUGUUUUUGUAGUACCCAAUCACAUCAGAUUAGUUGGGAGGUAAAGAUACCAACUGCUGCUGCAUAUCAUUUUACACAAAAUAAACUUAGCUGGCCUUUGGA